CUUCGCGGAAGGCACAGCGCACUCUCGGGCUCACCGCUUGAGCUCGGCUCUCCGUAGCCUCUGAAUUUGUGGGCAUCUCCAGCCGCUACCGCGAACAAGUCCCUCCAUCCUCCUAUUAGAGGGGCCACAUGAGCCCCGAGACCUCCUGCCCGUGGAUGGGCCACCUGCCUCGCCUCCAGGUGAGGACCUGGAUUGAGCCCGUGGUGGCCUCGACCCAGGUGGCCGCCUCCCUCUACGACGCGGGGUUGCUCCUUGUAGUGAAGGAGUACUACGACGCUGGGGGGUCCUCCAACCACAGCGCCAGCCCGUCGACCCGGGGGGCUGUAGAGGACCAACAGCAGAGGGCCAUCUCCAAUUUCUACAUCAUCUACAACCUCGUGAUGGGCCUGACGCCCCUCCUGUCCGCCUACUGGCUGGGCUGGCUCAGCGAUCGCUACCACCGCAAGAUCUCCAUCUGCGUGCCCCUGCUGGGCUUCCUGCUCUGCCGCCUCGGGCUGCUGCUCAAGGUUCUGCUGGACUGGCCAUUAGAGGUGAUGUACGCGGCGGCGACGCUGAAGGGGCUGUGCGGCGGCUUCUCGGCGUUCUGGUCCGGAGUCAUGGCCCUGGGAUCCCUGGGCUCCUCUGAGGGCCGCCGCUCCGUGCGCCUCGUCCUUAUUGACCUGAUCCUGGGCUUGGCGGGUUUCUGCGGAAGCAUGGCCUCCGGGCACCUCUUUAAGCAGAUCGCUGGGCGCGCCAGGCAGGGCCUGGUGCUGACGGCUUGCAGCGUGAGCUGCGCCACUUUUGGCCUUUUCUACUCCUUGUUGGUGCUGAAGGUCCCUGAGUCGGUGGCCAAGUCCAACAAGGCACUCACCACCGUGGAUACGGUGUCUGGCAUGGUUGGCACAUAUCGCACCCUGGAUCCUGAUCAGUCAGAGAAGCAGAGUGUGGUGGGGCAUCCCCCACCUCUUGGUAAAGGAAAGCCCCCAAAAGCCAUCAUUGCCCUGCUCUUUGUGGGUGCCAUCAUAUAUGACCUGGCAGUGGUGGGCACAGUGGAUGUGAUGCCACUUUUUGUGCUGAGGGCACCUCUCAGUUGGAACCAAGUGCAGGUGGGCUACGGUAUGGCUGCAGGGUACAUCAUUUUCAUCACCAGCUUCCUGGGCGUGCUGAUCUUCUCCCGCUGCUUCCGAGACACCACCAUGAUCAUGAUUGGGAUGGUCUCCUUUGGGUCUGGAGCCCUCCUCUUGGCUUUUGUGAAAAAGACAUACAUGUUCUACAUUGCUCGAGCCAUCAUGCUAUUUGCUCUGAUCCCCAUCACAACCAUCCGAUCAGCAAUGUCCAAGCUCAUAAAGGGCUCCUCUUAUGGAAAGGUGUUUGUCAUACUGCAGCUGUCCCUGGCUCUAACCGGGGUAGUGACAUCCACAGUGUAUAAUGAGAUCUAUCAGCUCACCAUGGAAAAGUUCGUCGGCACCUGCUUUACUCUCUCCUCCUUUCUCUCCUUCCUGGCCAUCAUCCCUAUCGGCAUCGUGGCCUAUAAACAAGUUCCACGGUCGCAAUUCGAAGACAUCACAGAAAAAUGAAGGUGCUGACUUGUGGGAGCUGAAAACGCCAGCAAUGGCCAGGCCUCCUUGAAGACAAAGGGAGAGACUGGGGAACUGGUGGCCAAAGCAACCCACGGACUAACAAUGGCAAGAGUGGCAAUAGCCAGAGUCAGCCUGAGAAUGAACUAUUCUGGUUCAGGGGGUCCUGGUUGGUGGGGAAACACACUUUCCUGGUGAUGGAAGAACUUUCUCAGCUUUCAGAUGCUCUAUAGGGUGAAGUUAGGUUCUGCAGGCAGCAGAACAUGAUCCGUCAAAGGUUACAUGCAGCACUGUAGAGGCUUCAGGCUCCAGCUGCGGACAACCAGCCCUUUCUCUUCCAGAAGACUCCAAGGUAUGGCCAACUAGUCAUCUGCGUGCUAUGCUGGGUAUCUCACAUGGGAACUCAAGCAAAGGCAUGCAUUUUCAACAGCCUAAGAGAUGUUUUGUAAGAACUGCCAGUUAUCAGUGAACAUCAAUCAAUAUUUUCAAAAUUAAAUCUUGAAAAAAAGUUAGCUUUGUUUCCUGGGGCCUUUUUAGCUGUGAAGGUUCAGGACAGCCUUGGCCUCAGGGUAGGUUUUUGUUUUUUUUUGUUUUUUAAGACUCAAAUACCGAAGACUUUCUUCAAUGGAAUAUUAACUUGAGUACUUUGAAUACUUAAGUUGAACACUUUCAGUCAAUAAUCCUUCCCAAAGGAGAUAGUGUGAAGGGAGAGGGGAGAGGAGAUAUGUGAAAAGCCUUUUUAUUUUGAGGUACUAUUUGUAUAGCCUAUUUUCUUAUGUAAAUAAAAUCAGACUUGCCUCCUAAUAAAACCAGUAUUCAUAACAUGGUAUGUGGUCCUUCUUUCUCAGGCCAGAUCCCUUCUGUAACUACAGACAUGACAGUCUAAGGCUGAGGUAAAACACAAAGCCAAAGAAUGCAUUUAAAUCUCAGAGCAUUUGGGCUCAGAGAGUUUGUAUCUCUAAUCCCCUUGCAGGAAGUUACUGGGUGGCACAAAACAGUUAAGCACUCAACUGGUAACUGAAAGGUUGGCGAUUCAAACCCGCCCAAAGACUCCUCAGAAGAAAGGCCUGGCAAUCUGCUUCAAAAAGGUCACAGCACUGAAAACCCUAUGGGGUGCGGUAAAUGAACAAAACUUUAUGGUACAUCUGUUAAGGUACUGGCGCCAUGCUAAGUGCUGAGAAACAGUGAGAACAAGACUUAACUGUUCCUGCCCUAACAGAGUGUAUUGUCUGGCAGAUGGGGCAGACAGAACAGCAGGCAGUGAUGUAUCCUGUAACAAAUGCUAAGGUAUAAAUAUAUAAUGAGGCCCCAAUAAAGGCUCUUGACACGGAAGUUCCAUGGGCUUCCUCCUUGGUGAAAGACAUCAAUGCAUGUGGGAGGAUAGUGUAUCCUUUUUUGGAACAAGGAAGUUCUGCAUCAGGAAACUUCCCAGAAUUUGCCCUAUGUGUCUCUUCGUUUGUAUCUUUUUUCCUAUAAUAAAACUGUAAUCCUAAGAAUAGCACUUUCCACGAGCUCUGUUAGUCACCUAAUUAUCGAAUCCAAGGGAGUAGAGGAAGACAGCAAGUCAAAAGUGAGGGUGUCACGGGAACUCCCAAGCUUGUGGCUGUGUCUGAAGUCUUGGGCAGACUUGGCAGUUUGAAGAACUGUGCCCUUUAACACUUGAGGUCUGACCUAGCUCCAGGUGGUCAGAGUCAGAGGAAGAAACGCUACAUGUUCAGCUUGUGUCAGAACAGAAGUGGAACACAACUGAUGAGUGGGAUUUGAUUUUUUUCACACAGUAGGUAUGUCUUCAUUUCAAAGAUCACAAUACUGAAGUUCAGAGAGGUGACUUGCCUAAAACCACAUUGCUAGUAAGAGAAAAAGCUAAGACUUGAUCUCAAGUCUUUCUUAUUCCACCUUGCCGCCUCAUUGUGUGACUGCAGACUUAUUUUAAUCAUGAGUAGUACCAUGAGUAGCAUCAGUAAGCCAAGUUCAGCACCAGUUUAAGUCCAUUUCCACAGUGCAUUGCCAUCGUUAAAGCAGCC